CGAGCCCAGAUCUCCUUCUUUCUCCAACUUGCGAACCGGCUCGCUCUUCUCCCGUCUCUGCUUUCUCAACGGGCUUCCCGGCUUGAGGGAGGCCGCAUCUCCUCUCAGCCCCAUUCUCUUACCUCUGAAACUCAGGCCGCGGGGUUUGGGGCUUCCACCUCUUGGCGUCGGAUUUCGGAACCCCGGCCUGGGCGUUGUGUGGGGGUCUGUAGCCUCGGGGUUUGCCCGGCCUGUGCCGGCGAAGGGCUGGCUCCCAGGGGACAAAAGGGGUGGUUGGGUUGGGCUGGGAGGGCUUCCGAACCCCGGGAUUUUGCUCUCGCGGACCCUUUUGGGGUCCUUCUCUCUUCAGAAUCUCAGUGUUUCACUGGCUGCCUUCGUUAUCAGACGCCUUACUGGUUAGUGAAACAUUGAGAUUUCCCGGGGCGUAUAAGCGUUGAUGUAGUUAUUAGACUGUUAAUCGGGCUUGGAAAACGGUAAGUUACUGGACCGUGGUCCAAUGUAAGUGUGAUAUAGCUGGCCUAGAGUGAGAACCUGAACAAUGCCAUUUUAUAAAAGACAAAACUGUUUGCAUUCUCCUCACAAUGACUGCUAACCUUCGCUUCUGUAAAACUGCUAGUUUACAGAAUGCAAAGAAGUAAAGCUGCUCACCUUCUCUUAUCUGUAACUGCCAGAAUUGCUGGCCUUUGUUUACCAGUAAUAACCAGAAUAAGCACCCCCAGAUAAUUCCAUCCUGGCGCCAAGUAACUAAAAAUCCGUGGAUCCCACCCCUACCCAGACGAUGUGUAAACGAAUACUAAUCUUAGCAUUUGUGAACCGCUUAAGUGACAAUCAGCAUGUCAAAUAGUCCCCUGGCCCUCGGAAUGUCCGGAACCCCCUCACCCUCAUCUUCGCCCAGAAAUCCACUGGAAUGUCCGGAACCCCCUCACCCUCAUCUCUGCCCAGAAAGCGAUUUGAAUCCACUAGACCUCGGAAUGUCUGAAGCCCCUCACCCCAUCCCCUCCUCUCACCCCCAAGUUGAUUUUUACGGGUAUAAAACGUCUUGUCACCUUCUUUUACAGGGCCACGGGUUGGAGAGACGUGAGUCCUCCGUGGUCGCCGGCAAUAAACCCUGCAAUUUGGCAUACGUUUGUCUUGGUGUUGACUUUCUAUGCUUGGUCCAGUAUAACAUAAGCUUAACCUCAAAUCCUAUCUCGAAAGAAGAUUUGUAAGAAGCGUAAUGGUAAUGGGCCUUCCGUAAUGAUAAUGGUCACUAGUGCCAAAAGCUUGCUUUUUCUUUCUCCAGUUGCAAAUGUUAGUAGGGAAAAUGCCCUUAUGAUGGCAAGCUCUAUUGAGUAAAAAAUAAAGGUCAAAUUCGUAUAGCUCGUUUUUUCUUUGCUUAAAAUACUUUGCUGUUUAAAUUAUUACCGCGGAAAUCUCGAAGACUAAAAGGGAUUUAGUAUAGAUUGGCUAUUUGUAGGUAAAACACAUCCGUAGAGUCUCAAAAAAAACCACUGCAUUACUACCGCAUAUCCUGGCAACUGCAAUUUGGGUCAAGGGAUGAAUCUCAGAACUCAAGUUUUGAUCCCGCUGCAGAUCCUACUCAAAGCAAUACGAAAGCACUCUAGCUGUGUUUUAGAAGGCAGUUUAAAGGGUUUGGAUUCCCUGAGAUGGUAGGAUUGGUAAAUAAAUAUAGGUAAAGCAGUUUAACAAUUUUAACCCAGCACUGUUAAUAGUCUAGUACAUAGAAGGCUUAUGAGAAGUUUUGCAGCUAGGGAUCUGGAGGCUGUUGAAAAGCCUUGUGAGAUCAUGCGCCUGCUGUAUAGCUGCAGCACAAUACAGAAGAAUCUCAAGGUGUUCUAUGGAUAUAAUGCAGAUUCACCGAAGUUUGGAAGCAGUUCAUGUUAGCCUUUUGGUCUCAGAAAUAUAUGUAUUUUUAGCAAGCACUGUAAAAUACGAGUAGGCUGCAAGGUGUAUGAGCUUUAUUGAUUUUUAAAUUACCAAUAGAGACAUAUUGAUAACCAAAGCCUGAAAAUGCUUUUCAGAGGAGAGAAUCUCAAGGUGACCUAAUAAAAUUGAAAAUGGAUAAUAUGGACAAUACUGUGAACCACAGAAUUCCAGCAGGCUUAACAAAAAGGAUUUUCAGGGCCUUUAAGGAAGAUUUUGAAAAUUGUGGAUAGCAGAGUGUGAAUGCUGUUUUCUGAAAAAAAAAAAAAAAAAAAAAAAAUUGAGGGACUUAGCCUCUACUUUUUCAGUAGUCAGUUUCUAAGUAAGAUGACCCUCUCUUCAAAUGCUUUAGUUGGGUAUUGCAAAACCUGAUUUUGGUUUCAUGGUAGUCGUUUGAAGAUGAUACGUAUACUUCAACUUUAUUUUCUGCUUAUGUGUUGAAAGAAGCAACCCCUGUUAAGUUGGAUCAGCCAGGAAAAUGUUGGCUUUUAAAAUUCAGAUAUCCUAGCAUUUUAGGUAAAUAGGGUAUUGGACAUGAAACCUUUUUAGGCUGUUGUAAGAUGUUAAAACGUUUAUAAAUUGUGUUAACAUUUCUAAAAUGUAUUCAUUUAAAAACAGUGAUUUUUUUCUGGAUAUUUUAAUAAAGGGAAAAAUACAGAUUGACUCUCAUUAAUGAUAUUUUUUGAUUCAGUUAUUGGUGAGAGAAUGUAAUGUAAUAGGAUGCUCCUGUGAAUAAUGUAUCUGAAACAUUUUCAGCUUCAGGUUAUUCAAAAUUAAAUGUGGCCUCCUUUUUAGAUUUUAAGUAAUAAAUGAGGUGAAGCCACUGACCAUACUUGAAAACAAAUCCAUAGUAGGUUUCCAGACUCAGUGGAUAGAUCUUGUUGCUUUCAUCAGAUCUUGUAGCACUGGACAUUUCUCUGUUCAUCUUCUCUGGUAAGAUCAGAUGACUGUCAUUUUCUUUGUCUUUAAUUUGGCUGGUGAUUUAAAGUUGUAGAACUUCACUCUACCAGUUUAUCAAGUGCAAAUUUUGGAGAGUUUGAUGUCUCUUGAAAUUAAUAUGGAGUCAGGGAGUUGGGCUAUUACAAUUUGUGAAUACCUAAAGUUUCAAAGGUAUUUUGUAGAAAGUAGUGAAAAGUUAUAGUUAACAGUGGUAUGCACUCAUGAAUAUAGAGAUUAAUCAUUAUCAGCGACCUACCUUUUUUUUAAUUGGUAACUUUACUAGAAUAACAAACAGGUCCUAUUCCACAGGCUUUAUCUGUCUCAACACACAGUCUUCACUAUAACCCUAGGAGGUAGGUACUGUUGUUACUGGUGUUUUCAGCUGAGACACAAAGAAUUAAGUACAUCUGUUAAAUGACAGAGCCUAGAUUCAUACUGGCUUUUGGACUCUUGAACUUGUGCUCAUGACCAUUCUGUCUGCCUCUGGCAAUUAUAUAUUUUAUAUAGCUGCAAUUGAAUAAUCAAAUGUGAAGAAGGAUAAACUUGUAGGUGACAAAUAAUAAGGGAGCUUUUAGAAAGCUGAUUCAAUUCCAAUUUUUAUUCUAUUCAGUUUUGUUCAGAUCUGUUUCUUUCUAGUCUCCCAAGGGUUUCUAGGGAGGUUUUCAACAGUGAUAAAUUAUAUUGUUUCAUAGAGGAUAGAUUGAUAACUGUUUUAGUUUAGACAUUUUUUUGUCUAGACUUUUAAGUGUUUUUUGUUUUUUAAAUCUUUGGGAAUCUUUGUAAUCUAAGCUGAUGUGUUUAUUUUUACAGGUGUUUUAAGAGUUUUAACUACUUGUUUAAGAAUUUGACCUCAAUUUCUGGGGCCGCCGCCGCGCCGCGACUUGAGGGCGGGAGGCUGGGGGAGGGUAGCGGAGCCGGCACCGUCGCCAUGUUGGGUCUGAAGCGGCUGCUGUAGGCGCCUACCUAGCGAGCCGGCGUGCGGAGCGGGCGACAGCGGCGUGGGAUCUGCCUCUCUGCCAGCGGCCUGGGGCGGCGGCGGCGGCGCCAUGAGCGGGGGCACCCCUUACAUCGGCAGCAAGAUAAGCCUCAUCUCCAAGGCAGAGAUCCUCUACGAGGGCAUCCUCUACACCAUGGACACCGAAAACUCCACUGUAGCCCUCGCCAAAGUUCCAUCCUUUGGUACAGAAGACAGACCAACAGAUCGUCCAAUACCACCUCGAGAUGAAGUCUUUGAAUAUAUUAUAUUCCGUGGGAGUGACAUUAAAGACCUCACUGUUUGUGAGCCACCAAAACCACAGUGUUCUUUGCCUUAAGACCCAGCUAUCGUUCGGUCCUCACUAGGCUCAUUGACUUCUUCAUUCCAGUCCAUGGGUUCUUAUGGGCCUUUCGGCAGGAUGCCCACAUACAGUCAGUUCAGUCCAGGUUCCUUAGUUGGGCAGCAGUUUGGUGCUGUUGGUGUUGCUGGAAGCUCUUUCACAUCCUUUGGAACAGAGACAUCAAACAGUGGUACCUUACCCCAAAGUAGUGCGGUUGGUUCUUCCUUUACACAGGAUACAGGAUCCCUAAAAACACAGUUAUCUCAAGGUCGUUCAAGCCCUCAGUUAGACCCUUUGAGAAAAAGCCCAACCAUGGAACAAGCAGUGGAGACUGCCUCGGCCCACUUACCUGCUCCAGCACCUGUUGGGAGAAGGAGCCCUGUUUCAACCAGGCCUUUGCCAUCUACCAGCCAAAAAGCAAUAGAGAAUCAGGAGCACAGGAGAGCUGAAGUACACAAAGUUUCAAGGCCAGAAAAUGAGCAACUCAGAAAUGAUAACAAGAGACAAGUAGCUCCAGGUGCUCCUUCAGCUCCAAGGAGAGGGCGUGGGGGUCAUCGGGGUGGCAGGGGAAGAUUUGGUAUUCGGCGAGAUGGGCCAAUGAAAUUUGAGAAAGACUUUGACUUUGAAAGUGCAAAUGCACAAUUCAACAAGGAAGAGAUUGACAGAGAAUUUCAUAAUAAGCUUAAAUUAAAAGAAGAUAAACUUGAGAAACAGGAGAAGCCUGUAAAUGGUGAAGAUAAAGAAGACUCAGGAGUUGAUACUCAAAACAGUGAAGGAAAUGCUGAUGAAGAAGAUCCACUUGGACCUAAUUGCUAUUAUGACAAAACUAAAUCCUUCUUCGAUAAUAUUUCUUGUGAUGACAAUAGAGAAUGGAGACCAACCUGGGCUGAAGAAAGAAGAUUAAAUGCUGAAACAUUUGGAAUCCCACUUCGUCCAAACCGUGGUCGUGGGGGAUACAGAGGCAGAGGAGGUCUUGGUUUCCGUGGUGGCAGAGGGCGUGGCGGUGGCAGAGUUGGUACCUUCACUGCCCCUCGAGGAUUUCGUGGUGGAUUCAGAGGAGGUCGUGGGGGCUGGGAGUUUGCAGAUUUUGAAUAUAGGAAAGACAACAAAGUUGCUGCAUAGUCUACAAACAAGUCUCUGAAAAUAGGUGAAUUUCUAGCUCUUCAUGGUCCUGAAAAUUGAUUUCAGUCUUUGCGAAGAAUGAAGAAGUGAAUUCGCUGUACAUUUGUCACCAGCACUGGGUUUUAGUUUUUUGUUUGUUUUUCUGCUUAUUUCAAAGAUAAAAUGCAGUUACUUUUGGGGGUGGAAGGCUCAUCUUACAACAUGAGCAUUAAAUAUAUUUGGAAUAGCCGAAGCUUAAGUAAUUUCUUAUAUAUAGUUAAACUAAAGCAGUACUUGAGUGGGACUUACAAGUAUUUUUUCAUCACUGAAAGGUUUUUUUAUCACUAAAUUGUAUUUGGCAAUUGCAAGUUGCCUGCAGAUAGGGCCGUGAUACUGUGUUUUGAGCCACAGAAAGUUGUGUGCGUGUGUGUAUGUGUGCGUGUGUGUGUAUCUUUUUCCUCCUUUCUUUUGGGGAAUCCUGUAAUAUGAGGUAGCUUAUUUCGUCAGUUAAUUAGGGUGCUGGAUGGUAGAGAAUUUUGUCAGUCAACUAUGUACACAGAGUAAAUACUGUUUCUUAGGCAAAGGUAACUUUUUUAUAUAGUUGUAAAAUUCCAUUAUAUUCCAUUGCCAAAGAAACAUUAAGACCUUUGUAUAGCUGUAUAAAAAGCAACUAAUUUUUUAAAGAAUAAACAUUUUAAAGUCAGCAAAAAAAAAAAAAAAAAAAGAAUUUGACCUCAAUUUCUGAAUGAGAUAUUACUUCUGCCAGCAUUUAUCCAAUUAAGGUGUAUUUGUUCUCAGAUUGAAGUGUUACACAAACUAAUGGAAAAUAAAAAUAUAUAAUGUAACUUAAGAUAAUCAACACUUUGGAUUGCAGGUUUAUUAAAGAAAGCUUUGUCUGUUCAGUGAUGUACAGCUAGCUGAACGGUGCCAUUAAGAUACAGGGCUUAGCAUUUUAUGGUUGCGCAGCUUUAUUGGUGAUGCAGCUGAAUGCUAGUGAGGAAAUGUUCUUUAGUAUAUGUACUGGCAGAGGACUGAUGAUUCGUGUUACGAGCGUUCUCUGCAUUUUAUUUCUAAUGAAAAGGAACUAUAGUAAUAGAUCAGUGAGUGAUAAGUUGAUAAGAGAAACAAGAUACGCUGUCUUAAAAGGUCAUGAUAAAAAUACAGAAAUUGUCCAAGAACUUUCUGUAAUCUAUGUAAGUAAUCAUAAUGGUAAAUAGCAAUAAGCUAGUCAUGUAUUACAUUUAUGCAGUGUGUUCGUAGGAUUCCUGUUUGUGUUUCCUAUAUGUAACUCCAGGAAGUUCUUAGUGGAGACUGUUAAGUGAAGAGGUUCAUAGUUUUAAGAUAUUUAGGCUGCAGAAGUGUAUUAGUAUAUUUUUUGUAGGUAAUGGAGUUGGUAUUGUAAUGCAAGUAUGUCAGAUAUGACAUGUGGGCAAGUGUUCUAAACAUUUUUUCCUAUGUCUCUCUUCUGUAAUCUGGAAGAAAUGCCACAAGCUAUGAAAAUUCAUGUCAGUUUGAUUUGGGAUACUGAAACUAAUGCAAAAUCGUUACUCUUCCCAGUCUCAUCGUAUGAUAGGUGAGGAAGAUUAGAAUCAGGGCUGUACCAGUUUCGAAAUACGGAUGCUGAAUUGACAUGAUUAUUAGCAAAUGCAAAGUGAUACUGAUAUUGGUUAAUAUAUUCUCAGGAGAUCAAGAGUGACCAAAGUAAAGUCAGCAUAAGAGAAGUUUCCCUGGAGGUGAUUUGAAGGGUAAAGUGUACAUAAUCACUUUUUAAGUGUGUGACAUAUUAAGGAGUAAUAUCACAGAGAAAGACGUAAGUUGCAAAUAGGAAAGAUUGGGGUUGGGAAGAACUGUGAUGAUGUGUUUCAUUAUUUGUUUUCAAAGUAGGCAUGGGAGGCAGGAAGAAACAGAUCUGGACAAGUAUACUAUUAGGCUGAGUAUUAUUUCAGAGCUCUUACACUACAGUCAAAAUGACAGAAAGACAGUUAUAUCUGUUGUAUCCUUUUUUUCUAUACAUGUAACAGUGCUCAUUAGAGUACUGCAAAGGGAUUCUUUCAUCACAUUUUCUCAUAUCUUUAUGAUAAAUUGUAUAACCAAAGCUAAAAUAUAUCCUAAGCUAUCCUGAUGUGCUGCUUCUUAAUUGAAAUACAUUUCCGUGUGAUUUCUGUCUAUCUGGCUACAUGAUAAAAUUUUCAAAAGGACAGUGUGUUUUCUAUUUCUCUCUUUUUUUUUUUGAGACAGUGUCUGGCUGUUGCCCAGGCUGGAGUACAGUUGUGGGAUCUUGGCACACUGUAGCUUUCACCUCCCUGGCUCAAGCAAUUCUCUCACUUCAGCGUCCUGAGUAGCUGGGGUGACAGGAAUGCACCACCAUGCGUGGCUAAUUUCUGUAUUUUUUUUUUUUAGAGAUAGGGUUUCAAGUUGUUGCCCAGGCUGCUCUUGAACCCCUGGGCUCAAGCAAGCUUCCCACCUCCGCCUCCCAAAGUACUGGGAUUACAGGGAUGCACCACUGCACCCAGCUGACAGUAUGGUUUUUUUUGAUGUGGUCAAGAUUAAAAAAAUUUUUUUUGAGAUAAGAUCUUACCGUGUCGCUCAGGCUGGAGUGAAAUGACACAGUCAUGGCUCCCUGCAGCAUCAACCUCCCAGCUUCAAGUGAUCCUCCCACCUCAGCCUCCUGAGUAGCUGGGGCUACAGGCAUGUCACCAUGCCCUGCUUUUUUUUUUUUUUUUUGCAUUUUUAUAGAGAUGGGGUCUUGCUGUGUUGCCCAGGCUGGUCUCAAACUCCUGAGCUCAAGCUAUCCUCCCACCUCAGCCUCCCAAAGUGCUCAGAUUACGGGCAUGUGCCACUAUACCUGGCCAAUAAUACCAUUUUCUGAAAAGAAGUAGCAGAAGUUCAUGAGAUCGUGAAUUAUAAAUCUGAAAUCCAUGUAAAAAUUUCAUUUUUGUUCUUGUGACUUAGUUUCUAGUAUUUUAUUAAUGAAAAUGGUUUCUAGCUUGACAUAGAUUCCAGUUCAUGAGUUGUAUUAAAAUUCCUUCCCUGAAACAACUUGGUACUUUUGCUUGUAUGUCUGGCAUUAAUUUUCUUUUUGUAUUAACAUUGCCAUUUAGCAUUAAGUGAAAGCAGAUUCAUGGUAAUUAACAAAGGAAUUACAUAUGACCACCACAAAUACUGAAAGAAGUCGUUGAUUUGAUAUUGCAGUGAAUACCAGAAGAUGUAAUCAUUUUCCACUUAUAAAAAGUGAAUAGUCCAUUUAACUGUGGAAGUCUAAGCAAAUGUGCUUAAUGCAUAUUGUAUUAGUCAAUGCAAAAAGUUAAAUAUGCCCAGGCUGAAAGAAGGCAUAUACUGUAUGCUCAUUCCUGUGCCAAAUGAUUUCUUUGGAAUUUAAACAAAUGUGUUAAGUAUUUUAUUCCUAAUUUAGGAAGAAAAAGCAGCUAAUGAUUUCUGACAUUGUACAUAGAUUAGUAGCAUGUAACUCUGUUAUUUAGUAAUCACUAUAGAUAGUAAGGAAUUAAAGUUGUUAGUGAGGAAAACAGGCGUAUCCUGCCAUUUGCUUUCUUUUUGUGAUAGUUUUGAGGUACGAUCAAUCCUGUGUGCAAGUCACUCGAGCAACCAGAAAGUGUCUUUGUAAUAUGCAUUUGAUCUCAUCUCAUGAAGUUGCAAUUAUUUGUUACCAUCCUUGCCACUCUUUGGCAAUUACAUUGAUUUCAAAGAGGAUUUAUCUUAGUGUUUCAUAGAAUUGAAACAAAACUUCUUUACAGGUUUAAAGUUGUAAUAGAAAAAAGUCAUAGAGUUUUCUGACAUUUAUUUAUUUAUUUUUAUUUU